UGACUGUAAUUGUAGCAGCUGGUGUGGGUAUAGACUACUGGUGGAUGUUGACUUAACAUGUUCAUUGGCUUGUAGUGACCUGGUGUGUUAACCUCAACACCAAAGGAACUGAUGAGCUGUACAAAUCAUGUGUGGUCUUUGAGUAUUGGCCUACGGUGUUUCUAACUUCAGUACACUCUGAACAAAAUGGCUUCCUCAACAACCCCUUGGAUUCCGCAAAUAAGCUUUUGAGGAAUCCUUGUUUCAGAGAAAGGAGUGCUGUGAUACCUUUUUAAGAGCUGAAGGAGAAAGGGAAAGUACUCAUUGCUUGGCGAUGUGAUGGAGUGGAGAGGAGGUUGGUUUGCAUGUCAAAAUCACCCAGGUCCUGCCCAGUGACGUCAUUUGGGGACUACACCUGCGCGCGCACUCGUGCAAAGAGCUUUCUCAUUGCUCGGGAUCACUCCGAGCGCGGAAACGCAGAGACGACUCACAACCAAUAUUCUCCGUGGAGAGCUUUCUUUCUUUUUUUCUUCUUUUGAACAAGUUUGCAUUAUAGGAAAGCGAUGAGAUUUGUGCACACACUCGCGUGACGCAGACGCGAGGAGUUUUAAAAACUUUUGUUCAGCGCUGGAGAUCAGGAGCGCCGUUGCUUGAUCUUAUAGACUCUUCGAGAUUAGAUCAGCGAGACGAUGUGGCGUGCUUUUAUCCCCGAGCUGGUGUGUGUGGUGGUCGCGGUGGCGUGCCUGGUGCUGGUGUGGUGUCCGAGUGCAGCGGCUCUGGCCGGCUCGUGCGAGAUGGUGCGCAUCCCGCUGUGCCACCCCAUGCCGUGGAACAUGACCAAGAUGCCCAACCACCUGCACCACAGCACGCAGGCCAACGCGGUGCUCGCCAUCGAGCAGUACGAGGCGCUGCUGGAUACCGGCUGCAGCCCUGACCUGCUCUUCUUUCUCUGCGCCAUGUACGCGCCCAUCUGCACCAUCAGCUUUCAGCGCGACCCCAUCAAGCCGUGCAAGUCCGUAUGCGAGCGCGCCAAGUCGGGCUGCGAGCCCGUCCUCAAGAAGUACAACCACACGUGGCCUGAGAGCCUGGCGUGCGACGAGCUGCCGGUGUACGACCGCGCUGUGUGCAUCUCACCUGAAGCCAUCGUCAAAGUAGAUCCAUCAGAUAAUUCUUUCUUUCAAGACCUGUCAAAAUGCAGCCCUGAUCGGUGUAAGUGCAAGUCUGUGAAACUCGGCCAAAAGACCUACACUAAGAACAAUUACAAUUAUGUAAUACGUGCGCGUGUGAAAGAGAUAAAAACCCGCAGUCACGACCUCAGCGCUGUUGUGGAAGUGAAGGAUGUACUGAAGUCUUCUCUGGUUCACAUUCCUCGUGAUACUGUGACACUGCACUACAGUUCGGGGUGUCUGUGUCCCCCACUUACGCCCAAUGAAGAAUACAUCAUCAUGGGCUACGAGAACGAGGAACGAUCACGGUUGCUUCUUAUUGAAGGGUCCAUCGCACAGAAAUGGAAAGACCGGGUGGGACGCAAAGUGAAGCGCUGGGAUCAGGCUCUCAGCAAAGGAAGGAAACGGGAAAAUGACAGACUCAUUCGUCCCUGACCUCACUCUGACAUGGACCAAACCCGACCACACAAGUAUCUGAGAGAACUGAAAAAAUUGCACUAAUGUACGAACUUCUUGAUGUGUAAUGAGUUGUAGCAGAGAUGUUUUUAGUUGUUGCUUUGUAAGAUAAUUUUUAACUCUCUUUUUUUAUUUUUCUUUUUUCUUUUUAUUUGCCUUUGCACGAACAAAAUGUUCAUUUCAACAUUGCUGCACAUGUGUGUGCGUGUGUAUGUGUGAACUUUUUUGUGGGGGUGGGCUGGGGGACUUGAUUCAUGUUUGUGUUACAAGUGAAGAUGAGGGGGAUUCAAUGGGGAAUGAGGGAGCUUAUACAAGAGCAGAUGACUGUUUUUCUAGCAGCAGGAAAAUGAGAAACAGUGUUUUGCCACAACGCAGCGCACCAUCAAGCCUUCGUGUUCACGGAGCCGUGCUGAUGUCUCGCCAUCGCUGGAUUAAAACAAAAUGGAGGGAGGGGGCGUUUGGCACAAGACACAAACACGAGGACAAAUCUGAAAUCCUGAAAUUAAUUAUAUCAAACUGAGACAAAAUGUUUGUUAAGCAUUAAUGAAUUACAUUCAUUUAAAAGGAAUAUUUUUGCAUAAUAUCCCAGUAGUUCUGGUUUUGUAACUUUUAGCCACACAUUUGAUAUUCUUGAUCAUUAGGACACUGUUAAUGAAUGAAUGCAUAAUACAUAGGAUGAAUGCCGUGGUUCAUUAAAGACAGCUGUUUUUUAUAUCAAACUGAUUGAUACAAGAUGAUUCAGCCUUGCUCAAACUGUCACUUUUACUUCCACUAUUAAACAUAUCUGACUGUUGAA